AUGGAAGAUAAUUAUUAUUAUCAUAAUCAUCAUCAUGGUCAUGAAACAAACAAUCGAAACGAAGGACAUGACAAGCAAGAAACAUAUUCUUACGCUGAAUUAGAUUCGAUUGAUCGUUUUUCUAUUCAACAUUAUCCACAAGACGAGACUAAUUCAAGAACAAGUCAAACUAUAACACAAUCAACUGCAAUACCUAUUCUUGUACCAAAACAAAAUUCUAACACAUUCGGAGGUGUUCAAACAACAGCAUCACUUCAUUCUUUUUCAAGUAUUGAUUCAUCAGCUGAAAUGGCAAAAUAUUUUCCUGAUGCUCAAACACCGAGUUUAUCACCAUUUAGACAUCAUCAAGAAGAUUUCAAUCAACCGAUACUAACAACAACAACAAUGACAACACAAGCUCUUAAUGAUAUAAAUGGUCCUUAUGGAAUUUCAUCAGCUCCUAACACAGCUCAACAAACAUUUGCUCAGCCAAUAAGAGCAACAAAUAGUGUAGAACAGCCAGUUCGAUCAACAACUGAACCGAAAAUUUUAUCAGGUAUUCCAUCUUAUCCAUCACAAAUAGCAGGUUUAUCUAUUUCACAAGCUAUUGUUAAUGAUAUUAUUGUUGAUCUUCAAACAAAAGUUAUCAAUGAAUCUCAACAACAAUAUUAUUCAGAUUCAUCAACUGAAAAUUUUCUUGAUCAAAUAUCUCCGAUUUAUAUUCGAGCACCAAAUCCAACUAUUAUUCUUCGAUCUGAUCUUCCUCGUCUUCGUGAUUCACUCAUUGCUCAACGAACAGUCUUUAAUGGUCCUGGUCAAGGUAAAAAUCAAUUUAAACAAAAUACAUUUCAACCACCUAGAUUUCCACCACCUAGACAACAACAUUUUUCAACAGGUAUCGAAUCAUUUAAAUACGAAUUAAUUAUCGAGUUCUUUUUUUUUUAA